AUGGCAGCAGGGCCUGGCGGCGCAGAGCGGGACGGGAGGCCCGGCGGGACGGCCCCGGUUCUCGGCCCCGGUUUGCCCGUCGUUCCUCUGGAGCGGCGGGGCCGAGGCUCGCCGCAAGGAGAAGCGGAACAGAUUCAGAUGUAUGAGAUCCUUCACAAAGCGGGAGGAAGUUAAAGAACAGCAGUGAAGUGCAAGCAUGAGGACAAGGGGCAGACAGUGGCUGUUAAAAUAUUGUAUGAGAAAUCAGAAAAAUCUGUUAACAAAACCACAAUGAGGGGCGUAAAGUUUCUACGGUGAUUUCAUCAUAAGAAUAUUGUCAACCUGAUUCAUGUAUUUAGGCAGAAAAAAAAGCUUCACUUGGUGUUUGAAUUUAUCGAUCAUACAAUUCUAGACGAGCUCCAGCAUUAUUUCCAUGGAUUGGAUAACAAAAGGCAAAAAUACCUUUUCCCAUUACUACAAGCAAUCGAGUACCAUCACAACAAUAAUGUCAUACACCAUGAAGUCAAACCUGAGAAUAUUUUGUUAACAAAAAGUGGAAUUACUAAACUUUGUGAUUUUGGUUUUGCUUAAACAUUAGCUACCCCUGGUGAUGCUUAUACAGAUUAUGUGGUUACGUGAUGGUACGGGGCUUCUGAACUGGUUUUAAAAGACCCCACAUAUGAAAAAUACAUGUGGGGGUUUCGGGGCAGGGGGGAGGGGUGGUGGUGGCAUCUGUAA